UUAUUUACGCAAGCUUGCUGCAAUCUUAAUUUACAAAACGCUUGCCAAUAUGUUUGCUGGGUAUAGUAGCAAAAUUCAUUAACCCUAAUUUUUUAUGUGUAAGAGAUACAAUGAACCGUUCAAAAAUCGCCGCUAUGACCGCUGUUCAUUUCAAAAUAAAAUUUAAAGUGAAUGGAUUUAUACGUGUGUGCACAGGAAAGGAAGAGCAAGGAGGUGACGUUGGAAUUGGUGGAGAUAUUGACCGACAGGUCCUUCUCCACCUGGUCCUUCCAUCGGAGUGGAGGUCUCCCUCUUUCCCUCUGGGGCACUUUCGUCCAUUCGAACAACAUGACCAAGCCAGCGUAGCCGCUGACUUUUUAUUCGCUGGACUAUGUCUAUGUCUUCGAACAACACAUACAGCUCAUCAUUAUAUCUUCUGCGGUAUCCGCAGUUGCCAAUGUUUAAGGAUUACAAUAACUACAACUUUUCUUAGGCAUGAUAAACAAGACAACAACAAAUCCCAUCGGACAUUUAGAUUAGCAGUUGCACAACCUCUUUCCGACGAGCUGAACCUUUUUAUAAUGUACAUAUAGGGAUGGCAACGAUUAAUCAUUUGAUUAAAUUAAUCGAUUAUUUUCAUUCAAUUUACGAUUUAAUUGCAUCGAAACACCUUUUCUAAUUACUCGACUAUUACUCGAGUAAUUGCAAAAUAAUCGCAAACAGCAUUUUGAAAUUUAAUACAUUUUAUGUUCAUCUAAGUUAGCUACAAGGGUCGAAAUUGCAAACGGUGUAAACAUAGUUAAAUUCUAAUAUGUCAACGUAGUUUAAUAUCAACAAAUGAAUGUCUGGUAACACUGCAUUUACAGUUAAGUCAAACGCAUUUUACGUUCAGUUGUGUGGACAUUUUUCUAAUAAAAAAAGCAAUAACUACGUUAAAUGUCAACUUUGCUGCAAAAAUUUAAAAUUUUCUAAUAACACUUCAAAUAUGUUGCAGGAUUUAAAAUUAAAACAUGCAAAUGUAGCCUGCAAAUUGGUGGUAAGUCGGAGCAAUCGGUAUUACAUUUUAAAUUUCUUCUAGUUAUAUAUAAAUAUAUGUGUACAAAUUAGACUUUGCAAUCUUGGAGUAAAGACAAUGUUUCCCUAAGUGAUGAUGACACUGACACCAUUUUGUGCACUCUAGUGCACACAAGAAGGAGGAAGGACAACGAUUUUACAUCUCCACAAGAUGAAUUGAGCUUUUAUUUGAAUUGUCAGGUAUUAGAACUAAGUCGAAACACUAUUUAUGCUUGGGAAGAAAUGAAAACCGUUUACCCAAACUAUACGGACUUUCAAAAAAGUAUUGUCAUCUACUUGGUACCUCAGUACCAGCUAAGCGGCUUUUCUCUAAAGCGGGUGCAACUGCGACCGAAAAACGCAAUCGUUUGACAACAAAAAGUUUAUCGAAAUUGCUUUUUCUUCAAACUUGGUUGAACAGACUUCUAAAUUUUCUGAAUAUAUUCAAUGAAUAUAUUUUCCUUUAUGCUAAGACAAAUGAAUUUUUAAUACGAUAUUUUAAUUUUAUUUCCGUUUUUGUUUUUGUGUAUAUACGAACACAAUUUGAAUGUCUGAAAUAAGAAUAUAGUCUCCUAUAUUUUAUUGGUUUUAUUUUUACGCAAAGUUGCAAACAUUGGAAUUAAUCGAUUAAUCGAUUUUUUUACAUUAAUUGCAAUUAAUUGCAAUUAUUUUUUUAUAUCUUGCAAUUAAUCAUUUGAUUAUUUAAUCGAUUAAACAAAAUUUUUUGCCAUCCCUAUGUACAUAUGGGAUAGGAGCGUGUGGAAUUGACAUCAAACCAUAUUGGUUCACUAGUUUGGUUGGAUCCUUACAGGAUAGUUAUAAGGAAAUCUUUCGCGUUUAGUUUUAAUUUCUUCAUUUGCUAAUUCAUAAUUUAUAUGUAAAAUAUUAUUAAAUUAUACAAAUGAAUGUUCGAAUACUAAUAACAUUCGUAAUAGUAAUGGAAUUUUAUUUGAAUUGUACAACUACAACUACAAAAAAUAAAAAUGUAAUAAUUAAUACUAAAUUUAUAUAUGAAAUAUGUAAAAAGUAAAAAUUUAAUAAUUAAUACUAACUUUAUUAUUAAAAUAUAUAAAUUUUCUCAAUGUAUAAAUAUAAAUGUAUAAAAAAUCAAUGUAUAAAUAGCUGCAAAAACGUUUGUAAAAAAUCAAUGUA